GCGGGGCCAAGCUAACUAACACCUGGAUUGAAGAGGAAACACAAAUAGACAUCAGCAAAAGUCUCCAAAUAUUCUGUUGAUCAAAGCUGCAGGCCAAGUGCUGGAAGAUGGAAUCAAGAUGGAUGGGUACCCAUAGGUCCGCAUGGAUGAGAUGGCCUACUUCCAUGAUUAUGACUUUAUUUUAGAUCUGUGAAUUAGAAUCAGAAUCAGGAUUUAAUAUCACCUGCAUAUGUCAUGAAAUUUAUUGUGCGGCAGCAGUACAAUGCAAUGCAUGGUAAUAAAAGUAAUAAAUUACAAUAAGAAAUAUAUAUAAUAAAUAAUUUGUGCAGAAAGAGAGGGAAAUACUGAGGAAGUAUUGCAGACCAUUUAUUCCUACAAAGCAAAACCUAUCAUUAUAAAUGACAGUGAUUCAAUGUCCAUUCAGAAAUCUGAUGCUGGAGGGGAAGAAACUAUUCCUGAAAUGUUGAGUGUGUGUCUUCAGGCCCCUGUACCCCCUCCAUGGUGGUAGCAAUGAGAAGAGGGCAUGCCCUGGGUUACCGGGGUCCUUAAUGAUGGAUCCACUUUUUUGAGGCAUUGCCUAUUUGAAGGUGUCCUGGAUGUUGAUGAGGCUGGUGCCCAUGAUGGAGUUGGCUGAGUUUACAACUUUCUGUAGCUUUUUCCAAUCCUGUGCAAUGGCCCCUCCAUUACCAGAUGGUGAUGCAACCAGUACAUCUGAAGAAAGUUGCGAGUGUUUACAGUGACAUAUCAAUUCCCCUAAAACUCCUAAUGAAACAUGGUGGCUGAUAUGCCUUCUUUGUAAUUGCAACAAUAUGUUAGGCCAAGGAUAAAUCCUCAGAGAUGUUGACACCCAUGAAUUUAAAACUGUUCACCCUUUCCAAUGCUGAUCCCUCAAUGAGGACUGGUGUGUGUUCCCUCAGCUUCCCCUUUCUGAAGUCCACAAUUAAUUGCAGAGGGAGGUACAGAGACCCAGGUUUUGGAGCUUGUCGAUUAGAACUGAGGGGACAAUUGUGUUGAACACUGAGCUGUAAUCAAUAAAAAGCACCCUGAUUUAAGUAUUACUAUUGUCUGGAUGAUCCAAGGCUAAGUGGAGAGCCAGAGAGAUUGCAUCUGCUGUAGACUUAUUGUGCUGAUAAGCAAAUUGCAGCAGGUCCAGGUCCUUUCUUAGGCAGGAGUUGGUUCUGGCCAUGACCAACCUCUCAAGGCACCUCAUCACAGCAGAUGUGAAUGUCACUGGGUGAGAGUCGUUGAGGCAGCUCACUCUACUCUUAUGAUUGUCACACUUUUGAAGCAGAUGGGAACCUUCAACUGCAGCAGUGUCAGAUUAAAGAUGCCCUUAAACAUUUCCAAAAAUUGGUUGGCACAGGUUUUCAGAGCCUCACUAGGUACACCAGCCUGGCACCUUAUGAGGGUUCUCCCUCUUGAAAGUUGUUCUGAUGCCGGCCUCUGAGACAGAGAUCACAGGCAGAUGCUGUAGGGAUUCACACAGAUGUAGUUUUAUUCUCCUAUUCAAAGCAUGCAUAAAAGGUUUUGAACUCAUCUGGGAGUGAAACAUCACUGUCAUUCAUGAUGAUAGGUUUUGGUUUGUAGGAAUAAAUGGUCUGCAAACCCUGACAGAGCUGACAUGCAUCCUAUUCCAUCUCUAACCUCAGUCAGAAUUGUUUUUUUCACUCUUAAGAUAGCUUUCCAUAGGUCAUACCUGGGUUUCUUGUAUAGUUCUGGAUCUCUGGUCUUGAAUUUCACAGAUCUAGCCCUCAGCAGACUAUGAAUCUCCUGGCUCCUGGUUCCUGGUUCAUCCACAGUUUUUGGUUGGGAUAUGUCCAAUAUGUUCUCUAAGGCACAUAUUCAUAUACACAGGUCUUGAUGAAGUUAAUGACAACUGUGGCAUAUUCAUUCAGAUUUGAAUAUUGCCCGGUCCACCAACUCAAAGCAAUCCUGUAAGUGCUCCUCCGGUUCACAUGUCCAUACCUUCUUGGUCCUCACAGGUGCUGCUGUCCAUAGUCUCUGCCCAUAUGCUGGGACUAGAAGUACGGCCAGAUGAUCAAAAUUUCCUAAGUGUGGGCAUGGGGUGGCACGGUAAGUGUUCUUGAUGGUAGUAUAACAGUGGUCAGGUGUGUUGACUCCUCUGGUUUCACAGGUGAUAUGUUGGUGUAGUUAUUCAGAUAUUUCUUCAAGUUAACUUGGUUGAAAGCCCCCACAAUGAUAAGGAAGGCAUCAGGCUACACUUUAUUGUGCCUGCUGAUAACAGAGUAUAGCUCCUCCAGUGCCCGUCUGACGCUGGUCUGAGGUGGAAUGUACACCACAGCCAAGAUGAUGGUGAAAAACUCCCUCAGCGUGUAAAAAGAAUGAUAUUUGACUGCUAGAUGUUCCAGGUUGGGUGAGCAGGACUGAGACAGAACCACUACAUCUGUGCACUAUGAUGAGUUAAUUAUAAAGCAUACUCCAUUUCCUCUGCCUCAUCUAUCCUACCUUUACAGUGAAUGGUAAAGCCAAAAUGGUGAGGGAUAGCCAAUUUUCCAUGAAGCAAAGUACGUAACAGGUGUAACUUGGGCAAAUUUGUGUUGCAUUGUCUCCAAUGCUCAUCCAAUCUAAGUGUAUUAAUCUCCUCUCAACAUUGUUGAUGCACCAUCUAAGCAAAGGCUCAUAAAAUUAUAACAUAUGUUGCUUUGCAGACCAUUUAUUUAGAUAUAAAAAGGACCGUUUAUUUGUUUUAUAUUUUCUUCUAUGCCUAACCCUGAAUUUUUAAUGUUCUCAGUAUGUUGAUUCCCCAAAUACUUCUGAAUCGCAAUUGCUACAUUUCAGGCAGAAGCAUUAAGUAUCACAUUUAAACUAUUCUGCAUUUGGUAUCUGCAUUAAAACAAUUCAUUAUGCAUUAAUGCAAUGUGCUAACUCUCAGCUUCUGCCAAAUGACGUCAACACUAUUUCUACCACAAUCUAAAAUCACUGUCUAUUUUGUUAUCCUACUUUUGAAAUCUUUUCCCCAUAUGGUCUAGUGGUUAGGAUUUUCUGGUUUUCACCCAGGCAGCCUGGGUUCAACUCUUAGUAUGGAACUAAGUCUUUGGGGUGGCAUGGUAAUGUGGUGGUUAGUGGCAGUGGUCACCGAUUGGGGUUCAAUUAUCACCGCUGUCUGUACGGACUUUGUGCAUUCUUCCUGUGGCUGUGUGGGUUUCUGGAUGCUCCAGUUUCCUCCUACAUUCCAACAAUGUACGGUGAGGGUUAGUAUGUUGUGGGUAUCCUAUGUUGGCACCAGAAGUAUGGUGACACUUGUAGGCUGCCCCCAUACUCCUCAUUGAUUUGAUUUGAUGCAAAUGACAUAUUUCACUGUAUAUUUUGAUGUACAUGUGACAAGUCAAGCUAAUCUCUCAUUUUAUCCAUCUUCAUCAUCUAUGUGAUUUCAUCCUUAACUACCCAACUCUCAGCUUCCUUUCUACCUUCUUCCUUAUUUGUAGAACUUGUAACCUCGUAUAUUUCAUUUCCACUCAUUGGCAUAGUGCAGGAAUACUUAAGCAUUGACAAACAUGUCACACACUCUAAGUUAAAAUACUAUAUAUCUUCAAUUUGAAGAUUGCUGUAAGCAACUUUCACUACACUCUCUAAUCUGUCCUACAAUACUUCAUCCACGUUUGCUUCAAAAUUGAAUCCAAUCCCAAUUGCAGAUAUUUUUCAAAUAAAAGUGUGCAUGAAAGAGGUUUUCACAGUUUACACACUGCUUACUGUGUUGGGAACUUUCAUGCACAGUUCCCCUUAGAAUGACUGACAUUUUGCCUCCUAAUAAUGUCAUCCCAUGCAUAGUGGACCUUUUCACAAUUAAAAAUCUAAGUUGGUACAUUGAAGUGGAACCUAUAAUGUUCACUUGCUAACCAUAAGAAAAUAAAGACUAAACCCCACACAAAUAUGGCAAAGAACCAAAACCAAAGGGCCUCAAUGUCAUUCACAGCCUCUGUCAGAACAUUUUUACCAUUGAAUUCACAUGUUUGCUCAAUCAUUACAGCUUUCCUAUAAUAUACAGUACAUCUCAGUGUGAGAUACUGUGAAGAAUGCCAGAUUAAUCAGUCACUGUGUGGGAACACUUUUGCAGCACAGGACUUGUUCAGUGAAUUGGAUGUGGAAGUGGCCAGACACAGUAGAGAUUGCAGUUUCCCUGCUUCCUAUACUUGCCCUUACCUCCAUGAUAACCUUUUCUACAGCUGGUCUGUGGCUACGAUAAAGGGAGUAUCUUCCCAGUUGUCAAUGCAGCAGUGAUGCAGCACCUGUUCCAGAUAGAUAGAGAUACUUUAUUGAUCCUGUUACAUCCAUGACCCCCUCCUUUUUGAGAAUCGCAGGAUCGCUAUUGAUUCGGGUCAGGAGGCCCAGAAAAUGAGAGAGAGACACACAGAUUCCUCAAUGUUUGGAAUGUGUCCUGGGCCUCCGAGAGACAAAGCCAUGGUUAACUGCCAUUAUCUCUUGGAGACGGAAUUGUGUAUCGAAUACUGUACAAUUCAUUGAAGCCCCAGGCAAUGAACAGAGGGGAUUGGUGGAGGGAUUGCAUCAUCCCAACCUGAUUGACACCUGAGACCCUGUGAGUCAGGAUAAAAGAGGGUCUGGGGAACAGCCCCUUCAGACGCACCAGAAGAAAUGCUAGAACUCCUGUAACAGCGUAAUAGCGAAAGCCGGUGGAAAAGCCCACACGUGUCCUUUUCCAUUUGCCUCGGGAUUGGUGGGCCUUUACCACGGAAGCAUGGCUUUAGCUAACAACAAAGGGGAAAUCAGUCCCCCAACGACUCUCGAAGGAUUGACAUCAUAAAAGGACUGGGCAAGUUAAACAUCCAUCUUUCUCUCCAACCAAAAAGCUGCAGCUUGAAUGAACUUGAGUGACUUUUAUAUUUCCAUCGGACAAUACAUUAUCCCCUAGACAACGAUUGAGCUAUUUCUUAUUGAUUAUUAUUAUACCGGCGCUUUUAGAUUUAGUAUUGACGACGUAUAUUAUCUGUAUGUUUGCAUUGAUAUUAUUUUUGUGUAUUUUUAUCAAUAAAUAAUGUUAAAAAUGGUACCAUCAGACUUCAACGGACCUCUCUAUCUGUGCUGGUAAGUGACCCAGUUACGGGGUACGUAACAAUUGGGGUUCUCGUCUCGAGAUUUGACACCAAAUUGGGAGACCAGUCUUGGGCUUGUAAGUCUAAAUUUGGAUCUGGUUAUGCGGGUGGCCAGACGGGAAACCAGCAAAGAUGGACGUGGAUGAAUUUAUAGAAAACCUGACUCUAGAGGCACUAGAGGCGGCCACCAAAUCGGACUUGAUAAAUCUGGCAAAAGGGCUAAACCUCGCAGAGGUGAGGUUGUCCAUGAAAAAGCGGGAGGUGCGAAGGGCAAUAACUCAGUAUUAUAUUGGGAAGAAUGUGUUUGCAGCUGAGGUAUUGGAAAAUAUCCCUGAAAAGGUACCAGCUAGUGGGAUGGCUCAGUUAGAGUUGGAGAAAUUAAGGUUGGAACAUGUAAUUGAGUUAAAGCAGCUGGAAGCAGCCGAGAAAGAGAAAGAAAGAGCCGAGAGAGAGAAAGAAAGGGCCGAGAGAGAAAGGGAGCAUGCGCUCCACCUAAAGGAGUUAGAGGUGAAACAGGAGCAUGAGCUCCAGCUAAAGGGGUUAGAGGUGAAAAAAGAACAGGACAGGGCUGAGAAACAAAGAGAGCAUGAAAUUCAGUUAAAACAGCUGGAAGCAGCUGAGAAAGAGAAAGAGAGAGCCAAAAAGGAGAGAGAGGCAGAGAAACAGAGGAAACACGACUUGGAGAUGGAGAAGUUAAGGUUAGGGCAAAGAGAUCAAGGGUCAGACCGAGAGGAGCGGUUUAAUGUUAGUCGGGAGUUGAGGUUAGUACCUCCGUUCGAAGAGAUGGAUGUUGAUAGUUAUUUCUUGCUUUUUGAAAAGGUGGCAGUGAAUCAGAAGUGGCCCAAAGAGCAGUGGGUGGCGCUGUUACAAAGUGUGUUAAAAGGGAAGGCACAACGAGUAUAUACGGCAUUGUCCAUGGAGGAGGGAGAGGAGGAGAGUUAUGACAAAGUAAAGGCGGCCAUUCUCCGGAGUUAUGAGUUAGUACCUGAAGCAUAUAGACAAAAGUUCAGAAAUUUAAAGAAAGGGUGGAAUCAGAUGUAUACCGAGUUUGCCUAUGAAAAGGGGGUGCUCUUGGACCAUUGGUGCACAGCAGAAACAGUGGAAGAGGAUUAUUGGCAUCUCAGGGAGUUAAUUCUGAUUGAGGAAUUUAAAGGUUGUGUUUUGGAGGAUAUCCGGAUGUAUUUGAAUGAGAAGCCGAAUAAGUCCAUCUCAGAAUUUGCUAGGUUCGCAGAUGAAUAUACCCUAACCCACAAGACAAAGUUUUCCUCGAAUAAAAGUUCCCAGAGAGACCAUGGGAACGAUAGAGAAAGCCCCCUGGCUGAGGCAGAGGUCCCACCGGGAGCUAGUGGUAAGAUUGCAGGGGAGAGGCAAGACGGCUAGAGAUUUCUGGGCUUGACCUGUUUUAAUUGUGGAAAGGCGGGACAUAUUGCAUCUAGGUGCUUUGCUCCGAGGAAGGAGACAGGAAAAGGGAAAGCCGCGGUCCCUAUCGGAUGUGCCGUAAUAAUCAGUAAAUCGACAAGAGAGCCCCGGGUAGACAGAGUACAAGAAGGGUCUGAGACCUGUAUGUCAAAUGGAACCGUGUCUGUGAGGGAGGGAGACACACCAGUUCCAGUACGGAUCUGGAGAGACACGGGGGCUGAACUAACAUUGAUCAGUAGUAAGGUACUAGAUUUUGGUCGCAAGACGAGAAUGGUAGCUGUGAAAGGAAUAGGAAAAGGGACAGAAAUGGUGCCCUUGCAUAGGAUCAUUAUGGAUUGUGAGUUGGUAUCUGGACCAGUUGAAAUGGGGGUGCGAUCAGAAUUCCCGAGAACUGACGCGGACGUCCUUCUGGGUAAUGAUUUAGCCGGUGGUAAGGUUUGGGCAGCAAUGACGCUGACGAGACAGCCGGUGAAUGUUGAGGCUCCUCCCCUAGAUUCCAAGAUCUAUCCCGCAUGCGCAAUCACUCACAGCAUGUCGAGAAAGGCAGCUGAGACAGAGAGCGGUUUAAAUCAGGCCAGUAUCGAUUUGGCCGAGACGUUUUUACCGACCCUGUAUCAAGAGGGUGGGAAAACGGAGAAUAGGAAAGUGAAAGAGAGUAAGGGAGAGGGGGUAGACCUGCCCUUAGCGAGGAGAAAAGUUCUAGAGGCACGAAAUAAAGAUGAGAAACAGAUAGAGCUGUUAAAACGUCCAGAGUUGGACAUGGAUGAUCUGUCUUGUUUGGCAGAACUGUUUGAAGAAGUUGAAAAUUCUAAAGGUGUUCCCGAUAAUGAAAUGUGGGCAGUCCUAGAUGAAAAGGAUGCCAUUACCUUGAAGAAGUCUGCUGGGUUGGCAGAUGAGGUUUCAGCCCGCGGGGUUGAGUUUACUCCGAAAGGGAGUUGCCCAGAAAGUAGCUGGGAGAAUCAGGGGAAUUUAGAAUUUGGACCGGGUACGGGUAUUGAAAGCCUAGAAGAGGCAAAUGUCCUGUUUGAGUGUGUCCAAGAUGUGGAUGCACAUGGUACUGAACCUAGUAAUGGAGCUCAGAAAAAGUCUGAGGUAUUUGAUUCAGUUGAAAAGGAAUGCAGUCCUUGUGGGUCAGAUAGACUUGGUUCAGUGAAGAAAGGGUUAACCUUGGUAAUAGUGGGAAGUGAGAGUUCCCAGGUGUUUGUGCUCGAAGGUGUGUUAAAAGUUAGUGGGGAGAUCAAAAGUAGGGAGAUGAAUAUUAUUAUUGAAGGAAAAGGGAAAUAUGUAGUUCCCAAAUUGAAUGAAGAAAAUUUAAAGGCUGGAUUGAUAUCAAAGGCAGCAACCAGGCUACAGAGACAAUGGUGUGGUACCACAAAGCCUGCGAAUAAUUACGGGUUGAGUUGGAAGGUAACGGGGCCCCACAUGCUAUUGUUAUUCCAGAGUGUGGUGUGAAAAGGCAGAACUUGAAAUGCUGUUUGAACAAAGAGUUCGAACUGAAAACUAAUAGCCUGAAGGGUCCUGAAGAGAAAACUAGCAACUUGCAUAAAAUUAAAGAAUUGGGUGGAAAUUCAGAUGUUGGUCUAAGUUUAGGACACAUUGUUGAUAAAAUAACUCCUAUGGAAGGAGUGGACGAAAGCCUAUUUCGCCAGGGUGCCCAAGCUCCCCACAUGGGAAUUAACCGGAAAAGAGGCGAGGGUUAAUGGGGACACCAUUUUUAAAUAGCAAAAGCUAGUUUUACGGGAUUUCAACAAAGCAUGUGAAUAAUAAAGACAACCCCGUGGAAGCCUGCCUGUUAAGUUUGAAAGCAACAUAAAGAUUAGUAUUUGCAUGAACUUUUGUAGUAUACCCGUAAGCUAAGAUCAUAACUCUUUAGUUUUUGUUUGCUAAAGAAAAAUAAGACCUACAAAUAGUUGGUUACUAAAUUGGAGUCUGAUGCUUUAGUAAGGUACAAGAUGUUCAGGUAUUAAAGGAAGUGACAAUGCAAUCGGUAACCAUCUAGAUACUGAAUUGAAUGUAUAAUUGUAUUACUCUGUAGAAAAAAAACUUUGGUAUUGUGUUAGAUUCUAAAAUCAUGUAAGACUCUGUAUUACUUCGUUUUUUUCCGAUGGUAAAAAACGCGUUGAAGAAAGGGGGUGUUACGCUCGUGGUCCCCUCCUUUUUGAGAAUCGCAGGAUCGCUAUUGAUUCGGGUCAGGAGACCCAGGAAAUGAGAGAGAGACACGCAGAUUCCUCAAUGUUUGGAAUGUGUCCUGGGCCUCCGAGAGACAAAACCACGGUUAACGGCCAUUAUCACUUGGAGACGGAAUUGUGUAUUGAGUACUGUACGAUUCAUCGAAGCCCACAGGCAAUGAACAGAGGGGGUUGGUGGAGGGAUUGCAUCAUCCCAACCUGAUUGACAACUGAGACCCUGUGAGUCAGGAUAAAAGAGGGUCUGGGGAACAGCCCCUUCAGACGCACCCGAAGAAAUGCUAGAGUUCCUGUAACAGCGUAAUAGCGAAAGCCGGUGGAAAAGCCCACAUGCGUCCUUUUCCAUUUGCCACGGAAUUGGUGGGCCUUUACCACGGAAGCAUGGCUUUAGCUAACAACAAAGGGGAAAUCAGUCCCCCAACGACUCUUGAAGGAUUGACAUCAUAAAAGGAAUGGGCAAGUUAAACAUCCAUCUUUCUCUCCAACCAAAAAGCUGCAGCUUGAAUGAACUUGAGUGACUUUUAUAUUUCCAUUGGACAAUACAUUAUCCCCUAGACAACGAUAGAGCUAUUUCUUAUUGAUUAUUAUUAUACCGGCGCUUUUAGAUUUAGUAUUGAUGACAUAUAUUAUCUGUAUGUUUGCAUUGAUAUUAUUUUUGUGUAUUUUUAUCAAUAAAUACUGUUAAAAAUAGUACCAUCAGACUUCAACGGACCUCUCUAUCUUUGCUGGUAAGUGACCC